AGCUGUUAAGGAUGCAGACUUGUUAGGACACUUCACAUCCUUGAGGAGCGGACAGAAGGAUGUGAUGCAGAUAAACAAGACGACUGACUAUUUGGAGGCUGCAGCAGCUCAGCACAUGGUUCUGUACAAGUGAACUGUGUCGGGAUCGGCGGUAGAAUCCAUGUGGCCGACAUGAGGCAGGUGGACCAGGAACGGCACAACCUCCACGAGAGUCUUGCUGGCGCAGUCACAUCCACUCUGGUACUGGUUCUGCUCGGGUCAGUCCGCUGCUGUCCCGGCGUCUGCACCUGUGAUCGUAACACCACCGAUUGCUCCGCUCUGGGCCUGAUUUCUCUGACCCCUCUCCUGCCACUGCUUGACCAGGACUCUGAGACCCUGUACCUGGCCCAGAACAACCUCUCUUUCCUGGCUGCUGUGGACUUGGCUAACCUCAGCAGCCUGGAGAUCUUGGAUCUUUCCCAGAACCACUUUUUCACCCUGCAAUCGGGAGUCUUCUCAGGCCUGAGCGGCCUGCGGUGGCUCAAUCUGUCCGCCAACUUCCUCGGAAGGCACCUCGCCACCCCAGAUGUCAACCGCAGUAAAGAGGCGGAGCAAAAUCUAAACAGAAGCCGUGGGGGCGUCAGCCUGAGCAAGGAGGUCUUCCGGGGGCUGUUGUGGCUGCGAGGACUCGACCUGUCCUCCAAUGGCCUCUACUGGCUGCCCACGGGCCUGCUGGAUGGACUCCAGAGACUAACUUGGUUGUCGCUGGCCAGGAAUCGGCUCGCGGUGCUGGAGAGGGCAACCUUUGAGCCUCUGGUGGGGCUUCAGCAGCUCCUCCUGGCUGGGAACCCCUGGGAAUGUAAUUGCAAGCUAUGGAACUUCAAGCACUGGGUGGAGUGGAUGAUCUACAGAGACGGUCUGGUCGACACGAUAACGUGCAGCUUUCCCAGGAAACUGAUCGCCAGGAACAUCCGCAACGUGCCGGCCGAGAUGUUCGAGCACUGCGUGCAGAGCGUCGCCAAGGAAGUCACACCCGGCGGCGGCAUCCGACCCCUCUGUCCGCCGGGUCGUAUCAGCGGCAACGACGAGUGCGUCCGCCAGCGCUACCGUCCGGUUAGCGUCCGCCGAGCGCAAGUGACGCAAAUCGUGGCGGGUGUAGUGUGCGGCACGGUGUGCGUCAUGAUGGUGGUGGCGGCAACGUACGGCUGCGUCUACGCCUCGCUGAUGGCUCGCUACCAGAGGGAGCUGAAGAAGCGAGGGCCGCCUCUGAUGGCUGAGGGCGUGGCAGACGACCUGGGAGACGCGCAAUCCCCGACGACGCCAGAGGAGGCGCCGCCUAAAGAGGCCUGCGUGGUGUACGGGUACCGCAUCAGCAGUUUCUGACGGGUCCAGCACAGAUCUUUGAAACUUCCAACGACCCAAACACCACGACCCUUGCAUUCAUUUUUCCUCUGCAGUCUCUUUGUGACCAACCGAUGCUCAAGUGUGACACUUCUUAUUCAUGUCCUCGGUCCUCCUGUUGGAUCAUCUCCAUAGCAACGUCACCUGACCUCGCUGAGACGCCGUUUUCUCAUCCUGCAGUCCUACUGCCACCUACAGGCCACACUGAGCAACUACCUAAUGUCUCGUUUAAGUGUGUAAUAGAAGUAGAUUUACAUGGUGUGAGGGCCAAAUGGGACAGCAAUAAAUAAAUACAUCUUCAAUUACCUAAAUGUGUCAUUAAUUAAAAUAAAAAAUUUUUUUUUUAAUGUGUUAUUACAUUUGUACCUCUUUAAAACCCUUGAACCUUGAAAUUAUUGUAAAAUUAUUUAUUCAAUUAUCUACCCCAGUUCAGGGGUGCUGGUAUGAUAUUGGAAAUCUGAUAUCAUUGUAGAAGGCUUGAUCAUUUGAAAUAGUCAAACAGAGAAAAAGGUAAGUACAAAAAACACUAACCUAUUUAUUAUUCACCUUCUGGAAUGGACUUAUACUGUCUUUAAGUUGAAGUGAAGUGGUAAUUGUUUUUUGGGGGGACAUCUAGUGGUCACAAUAAUUAAUCUCAUGACAUAGUAGGUGGAGUGAUGCGGACACGUUUGUUACUGGAUACAAUUUUAAUACGGUGCUGCCUUGGAUACUUUGUAUGUGUCAUAAAUAUUGUUUAUAUUUAAAAAUGUCAUGAUGAUUCCCGGGCGCGGCACCGCUGCUGCCCACUGCUCCCCUCACCUCCCAGGGGGUGAUCAAGGGGAUGGGUCAAAUGCAGAGGACAAAUUUCACCACACCUUGUGUGUGUGUGACAAUCAUUGGUACUUUAACUUAACUUAACUUAAUUUAGACUGCAAUGUUUAAUUAAGGACACAAAUUACGGAUGGAUAGCUUGCGCUAAUCCGAUAAUUGUUGUUUUGCCCGUAUCGGAUCGAUAUCGGAUUUCAAUAUCAUACCGGGACACCGCUAGUUAUUACCAUCAAAUUUAAGCUUUUUCUCAUUACAAUAUGUCUUUUUCAUUGUUACUUUUUUUGACUUUAUUUCAACCAUAUAAUGCCACACUUUAGACCGCUGGCCUAGUUUAGUUUUUAGGUAAAUGACUGAUUUUCUGUAUUUAUUGCUUUUUUGUAUAUUUACUUUCAUUGCUUAUUGUUUAUUUGAGUUUGUAGAAGAGUGCUUCUAAAUAAAAUGAAUUAUUAUUAUAAUAGAAUCAAAUGCAGCUGCACAUAGGUUCAAGAAAAUAACAAUUACAUAAGUAAUUAAAUAGUGACAAAUUCAAAACCUGAAAUAAAUAAAUAUUGAAAUAAUAAAAAAUGGAAUAAUUUAAUUAUGUAAUAAUUAAAUAAAUAAUUAAAUAGUGAAAUAAUUAAAACAUGAAAUAAUUUAAUAAUAAAAUAAUUAAAACAUGAAAAAAUUAAAUUAUUUAAUAAUUAAAUAGUGAAAUAAUUAAAACAUGAAAUCAUUUAAUAGUAAAACAAUUGAAACAUGAAAAAAUGUAAUUAUGUAAUAAUUAAAUAGUGAAAUAAUUAAAACAUGUAAUAAUUAUACGUAUGUUGUAAUAAAUAAGUAAUUAAAUGGUGAAAUAUUUAAAACAUUAAAUAAUUCAAUUAAAUUAUUAACCAAGUAAUUAAAUAGUGAAAUAACAAAAACAGGAAAUAAUUUAAUUGUGAAAUAAUUGAAACAUAAAAUAAUUAAAUUAUGUAAUACUUAUAUUAUUAAUUAAAUAGUAAAACAAUUAAAACAUGAAAUAAUUAAAUUAUGUAAUAAUCAAAUAAGUAAUUAAAUAGUAAAAUAAUCACAACAUGGAAUAAUAAAAUUGUGAAAUAAUUAAGUAAUUUUUUAUAUACGAUUUAUUUAGGAUUUUAAAUUUUACAACAACAGAUACACAGCAAUAUUGAAAUGUUGGCAAUGUAAAGGCCCACAAAACACCACACAAAACAGUGGGAAGGAAACAAACAAGACAAUAAAUAAGUAUUUUUGUAUAGAAUUAAUUGCAUUGUUAAAUAAAUAUAAUUACGUAUAAAUUAAAUUAAUGAAUUAAUUGUAUUUAAUUUAAAUUGUAAUUAAUUAAUGGUGCAUUUAAGUAUUGAUUUAAAGAUUGAUUUAUUUCAUCGUGUCCCAUUAGGCCCUGUCCACAUGUCAUGUGAGAAGCACACCUCAAACGCUCGUCAUGAAUAUGGACUUUGUUAAUAAACUAUUUGUGAAACAUAAUUUUUCAUGUCUGUCCUGUGUCGUUUAAACAAAAGUUCAACUGACCUCCGGCGAUGGCGGUCUUCCCUUGUGCUGACACGGUUACGGCGGUAGUGGCGAUCGCGUACUUCACGCCUAAGGACGACAACAACAGCGCUUCACACAACGACAACAACAACAAACACUGA